AUGGACCCCAACAAGCUCCUCCUCCUCUGCUUCCUCCUCUCCGCCUUCCACGUCAUCCUCACCUCCGCCAUCGGCGUCAACUACGGCACAGUAGCCAACAACCUCCCCCCUCCUUCCCAAGUCGCCACCUUCCUCAAGACCAAGACCACCAUCGACCGCGUCAAGAUCUUCAACACCGACCCCGCCGUCCUCCGUGCCUUCGCCAACACCGGCAUCGCUGUCACCGUCACCGUCGGCAACGGCAACGUCCCCCCGCUCGCUAAGCUCCCAGCCGCCCAGUCCUGGGUCGCCGACAACAUCCUCCCCUUCUACCCGCGCACCAACAUCAACCGAAUCGCCGUGGGAAACGAAAUCCUCGCCACGUCGGACAAGGACCUCAUCGCGCAUCUCCUCCCGGCUAUGAAGGCGCUCCACUCGGCUCUCAACCUGGCCAAUGUCACCUCCAUUCAGGUCUCGACACCGCACUCCCUCGGCAUUCUCGCACCCAACACAGGCCCACCGAGCCUCGGACAGUUCCGCAGCGGCUACGACAAGGUCAUUUUCCAGCCGAUUUUGGAGUAUCAUCGCCAGACCAAAUCGCCGUUCCUCGUCAACCCCUACCCGUUUUUCGGGCUCUCACCCGACACUUUAAACUACGCCACUUUCAGGCCAAACGCCGGCGUUUUCGACCCUGCCACCGGCGUUAACUACACCAACAUGUUCGACGCCCAGAUGGACGCGGUGUUCUCGGCCAUGAAGAAGGUCGGGUACGAAGACGUGGAUCUAGUAGUCGCCGAAACGGGUUGGCCCUCUGCCGGUGACCCGAACCAACUCGGUGUGAGCGUGGAAAACGCCGAGGCGUACAACGGGAACCUCAUACGCCACGUCAGCUCCGGGAAGGGCACGCCGUUGAUGCCGAACAGGACUUUCGAGACUUACAUCUUCGCGCUGUUCAAUGAGAACCUGAAGCCUACGUUGUCGGAGCAGAAUUACGGGCUGUUCAAACCCGACCUCGACCCGGUUUACGACGUGGGGCUAUUACGUAACGGGCAGGCAGAGGGGCCCACAUCCGGCCCGGCACUGAGUCCGGCAUCAGGCCCAGCAGCAGGCCCAGAAGCAAUGGGUCCCGCGCCUGAUGUGGUGGCGCAAUCACCGGCAGCGGCGGGGAAGAGCUGGUGCGUGCCGAAGUCGAACGUUUCCGACGCGGCGCUGCAGAAGAACAUAGACUACGUAUGCAGCAGUGGAGUGGACUGCAAGCCCAUAAAGCAAGGUGGGCCGUGCUUUGAGCCCAAUUCAGUGAAGUCGCACGCGGCUUACGUCAUGAACGCUUAUUACCAGGAGCAUGGCCCACAGAAUAUCAACUGCGAUUUCAACGGCACCGGAGUCGUCACCUCUACUGAUCCCAGUUACAAGACGUGCACGUACCCUACCAAAGUGGCGGAGAAGGAGGAAAAGUCCCCGGGAAGUUCCCCUGCGAAGUCGGUGGCGGGAAGCUCAACGAGGAUGAGAUGUAGCAAAGUGGCUCUGUUCUCACUAAUGGUCGGUUGUGGGGUAAUGUUUAAUAUUUAGGGAAAAUAGAGAUAAAUAAGGUAUUUGUAUUCUUUAGGGGUUUUACUAUAUUUGAUUAUUUGUAGGGUGGGACUAAUUCUAGGGAUGGCGACUGUGGCCAUUUUUGGGUGCUGGGGUAUGAGAUUUGGAGCUCUCAUAGCUAGUAAUUUGACUAGGGUUUGGACCAAUUUAGAUGUUAUUUAAGGUGCUUUUUUUUUUUCAUUUUUUUUUUCUACAUAUAUAUGAUUUAUGAAUAACAAGUUUGAUG